AGGCAACCCGCGAUUUUAUAUUCCAGCGCUGGAGCCUGGAGGCAAUAUUCUGACAUCGAAUUCGAACUAGCGUGCGGCUACGUGACUGUCAGAUAGUUGUACACGUCACCUAAAGAGUUGUUCGUUAAAAUGUCUUAUUGUCACGUGUUAAUAUUUUUUUUGGCAAUUACUGCAAUUGCCAAAUGUGACGAUGAGCCCGAUUUUUAUACUUUCAACGUUCAAGAUAUUGAAGGCGAUGAAGUGUCAUUGGAGGAAUACAGAGGAACGGUGUCUUUAGUAGUCAAUGUGGCUAGUUUGUGUGGAUACACUGAUACUAGUUACAGAGCUUUGAAACGACUACAAGACAUUCUAGGAUAUAACCAAAAGUUCAAUGUCCUUGCAUUUCCUUGUAAUCAGUUUGGAGAACAAGAACCUUAUGAGGAUGAAGUUAUUUAUAAUUUUGCAAAAACUAAUUAUGCUGUUGAGUUCCCUAUGUUUUCCAAAAUUGAUGUCAUUGGAGAAAAUGCCCAUCCAGCUUUUAAAAAUCUCAUAAGUCAAUCAUCAGUUCACCCAGAUUGGAAUUUUUACAAAUAUUUGGUUGACCAUAAUGGAAAAGUACUGAAAGCAUGGAGUACCAAAACAACUGUAGAAGAAAUUUUUGAUAGCUGUAAAGCAGCCCUUGAUGCUAUUCCUGAAGAAACUGCUGUUCCAUCUGAAGAAGAGCCUACCAACUUACCUCAGCAAUCAGCUGAUAAUAAUCUUAAAGAUGAACUUUAAUUAACACAAUGAAUUGCUUGAAAUAUGCUGUAAGAAAACACAUACAGAAGGUUUGACUUUGA